ACAAUAAAUAAUAAUAAAAAAAAAAAAUUAGGACUGGUUUUUGACAUGACAGAAAACUUGAUGUCACAAAAUAUGACAAAAGUCCAAUCUUAUCAAAAAACUGGAUUUUCCCAGACUUGGGACAGGAUCAUCAUGGCCUGACCACCUAUCAGCGAUGUCCAUGAAUCAGGAGCUGACAAGUUCCCUAAAGGAAGAUACAAACGAAUAAUGACUCUCCAGCGAAAUCCAUGGAGGAUCCAAGGAUUACAAAUUCAAACAUUUAAAACUUGGUGUUCUGCAUCCAUAGUGCUGAUUGUGACACUUGAAGAGUAGACUUGGUGUGUAGGAGUGUUUUCCAUUGAUUGACCCUCGAUUGGCACGUCUGGAUAUUAUGCAUCAAGCAGGGAUUGGGCAGAGGUGACCGCGUCUGUCAGUUGUGGGGUCUGAAGCCUUGUGCCCUUCUGUGUGUGUUUGUGUGUGUUCAUUGCACAAAUAGUACAUGUGGGUACAAAUGUGGAGGUGCUAUGCUGAGGGUGUCAGGUGUUGCACCAGCUCCAUCAGGCCACGAGUGGCGAUUUCAGUGUUCUGUCGGGGUGGACUGUAGCGACGCUGAACCUCGCUGUAUCUGGCUGGCAGUCUUAAAGGGUAUUUCACCUCACGCCUCACCCCGGCCAACUCCUAUCGCAUCACCAAGAAAACGGGGCUCCCGGAGGGUCAUUCAACGCCAUCGCUUGUCCUGGGCUAAAGGGAGGAGAGAUGGCAUGGUGUCGUCCAAUGAGAACAGGCGCCGGCCGCUGUCAUCAGGUGAGGUGGAAGGCAUAUCAUGGCAAGGCCCCCGGACAAUUUUCCUCCAGAAGAACUCCCAGGGAUUCGGCUUCACUCUGCGCCACUUCAUCGUCUACCCACCAGAGUCCUCCCUUCACUGCCUCAAGGAUGAAGAGAAUGGAAAUGCAACUGGAAAAGCAGGUUGCCAGCGGUCUCGUUUGGAGCCUAUGGACACCAUCUUUGUGAAGAGUGUCAAAGAAAAUGGCCCUGCCCAACUAGCUGGACUGUGUACAGGGGACAGGCUGGUGAAGGUGAAUGGGGAGAGCAUACUGGGGAAAACCUACUCUCAAGUGAUCGCACUCAUCCAAAACAGUGAAGACAUUUUGGAGCUCUCUAUUAUGCCAAAAGAUGAGGAUGUGUUGCAGUUGGUAAGUGCGUACUCCCAGGAUGCCUACCUGAAAGGCAAUGAGCCAUAUUCAGGCGAGGCACAGAAGCUUCCACAGCCUCCGUCUCUCUGUUACCCUUCCACCAAGCCCAGCUCCACCGGCCCACAGCCCAGCCACAACCUCCACAGUCCCCUGGACAACUGGCAGUGCCGACCCAACCCCACCAUCUCUCCACUGGACAACCGCCCCCCUGCUGCUUCUACCACCACCUCCGGCUGGCCCGGGGGUCCUGAGGAUUCCAGUGGCCACUUUGUUCCGUCGGGGCGCUACCGUGGUCGCUCGUCUUCGGCCAUCAAUGCGUUGGACUUUCACUUUGCUAACCACAAUGCUGCCAUCGCCUCUGCAACUCUGCCUGCGCCACGGAAAAGCAGCCUGCCGGCCUCUGCCCGCAGUCACGCCGAUGCUCUCUGCCACCAGGCUCUGUCGGACUGGUACUACAGCCAGGCUGAAGCUGCUGAGCACAUGUCCCCCCGCCACCGCAGUAUAUCUCAGGAUCGUUUAACAGAGCUGGGACUGGGGUUGGCACUUGGCCCCGGACCUACACCUGUGUCUGCAGCCUCCAUGGAGCAUCGCAGAAGAGAAGCUCUCCUAUACCACCACCAGGCGGCUGCUGCCUCCCAUGAUUCCUAUUGGUUAGGGAGCUGGGGUGGUGUAUCCGGACCAGGAAGCAGGUCGUGCUCAGAGAGCCUGCUGGCAGCCUACGCCGAGUACGAGCACAACUACGGGCGUUCUGUGGAAACACUGGCACAAGCGUCUGCACUGGUUGCACCACACCAUGAGCCCUCGCAAGGCCCCCAAACAGCAAAGUUCAGUGAGCUGAAAGAUCAGAAAGUCUCAGCGGGGCACCAGCACCGACCCACAGUGACAUCCCCCAACACGGCCCCCUCCACAGUGCCUCCUAGUGGCAGGCAGUCAGGUCAGCAGAAAGCUGAACCCCAAACAAGGCGAGUAAAAGAAGAAGAGUUGGUGGGCUACAAAAGCUACAGUCCUUCUUUCUCCCGCAAAACCGGCCACCUCCUUCAGCAGGCCCACUCCUUCAGGGAGCCCAGCUACAGCGGCCCUCACCUCAACUGGAGCCCUGGUGGAAGAGGCAGCCCUGCGAACAGCGAGGAGGGGAUGGCACCCAGGCCCAAGUCCACCCCCGCUAUGUCUGCGUCAGAGGAGGACAGAUCCCAGCUGGUUGACGACAGAGAGGUCAUCUCCCCGAUCUCCCUACACCAGGAGGUGGUUCUGAGGCAGAAGCCACCCUCCGGACGCCGAACCCCUGUUCAGGCACUUCGACACACCCACUACACCUCACCCGGGGAGUCGCCCGAGCCUGGUUUGACACCUUCACCAGGGACCCCCUCUCCUGUCUCUGGGGGGCCAAGCUCCAACCGCAGGGCUAAUGGUAGCCUGGCACAGCAUGCAUUCAACUCCCUGUCCUCUAUUCCCUUUAUAGAUGAACCCACCAGUCCUAGUACUGACCUACAGGCCUGCAAUGUACCAGCCUGCUCUGUGGUGUCCAGCUCCCAGGCCUGCACUAUGGCCUCCCUCACUUCCACCUCUGUCCCCCCCACCCUGUCCUCCGUGUCCCCCUUUGUCCGACUCCGUUCUCAGGACUGCAGCAGUAUUAAAGGUCGUCGCUCCUCUUACCUGCUGGCCAUCACCACAGAGAGAUCUAAGUCCUGUGACGAGGGUCUCAAUACCUUCAGGGAAGAAGGACGUGUUUUUUCCAAACUACCAAAAAGGGUCAAGAGCUUUUUCACUGAUGGGUCUCUAGAAAGCCUCCAAGCCCAGGAGGAGGCCCGCUCCAAGCGCCACUCCACCUCUGAACUGGGAACCAUCACCUUCAGUGAUGUUCGUAAGGAAGGCUGGCUGCACUACAAACAGAUCCUCACAGAGAAGGGAAAGAAAGUUGGCGGCGGCAUGCGACCAUGGAAGCGUGUCUUCUCUGUGCUCCGGUCCCAUUCGCUUUUCCUAUACAAGGACAAGAGAGAAGCCGUCCUUCACGGGGCCGGGGCGGGGCCCGGCCAGGAUGAACAUCCUCCAAUCAGCAUCCGCGGCUGCCUGAUCGACAUUGCCUACAGUGAAACCAAGCGGAAGCACACCCUGCGGCUGACCACUCAGGACUUCUGUGAGUACCUGCUGCAGGCCGAGGACAGGGACGACAUGCUGGCUUGGAUCAGGGUCAUCAGGGAGAACAGCAAGACGGACAAUGAGGAGAUUGGUUUCUCAAGACAAGCUCUCAUCAACAAAAAGCUGAACGACUACAGGAAACACAGCCUGACAGGAAAUAAGCCGGACACCUCUCCUCGAUCUCAUCGUAUGAUGCCUCCCUUCCUCCUGGCUAAGACCGACAACACCUCAGUGAACCGAGCCUCGAGAACGGAUGACAACAAGGCGCUUUGGGGCAUCAACAUCAUGAAGAAGGCCAAGAAGACAGGCAGUCCGAAGGCUUUUGGUGUGCGUCUAGAGGACUGUCAGCCAGCUGUCAACCAUAAAUUUGUCCCUCUGAUUGUGGAGAUGUGCUGUGGUGUGGUGGAGGCGACAGGUUUGGAAUACACAGGUAUCUACCGGGUGCCGGGGAACAACGCCAUGGUGUCCAACUUGCAGGAGCAUCUCAACAAGGGCAUGGACAUCAACACUGCUGAGGAGAGAUGGCAGGACCUGAACGUCAUCAGCAGCCUGCUCAAAUCCUUCUUCCGAAAGCUGCCUGAGCCGCUGUUUACUGAUGACAAAUACAAUGAUUUCAUUGACGCCAACCGGAUCGAAGAUGCAGAGGACAGACUGAAGACCAUGAAGAAACUGAUCCACGACCUCCCAGAUCACUAUUAUCACACCCUUAAGUUCCUGGUGGGCCACCUUAAGAGGGUGGCAGAUAACUGCGAAAAGAAUAAGAUGGAGCCCAGAAACCUGGCUCUGGUGUUCGGCCCCACUCUGGUGAGGACAUCUGAGGACAAUAUGACCGAUAUGGUCACCCACAUGCCUGAUCGCUACAAAAUAGUGGAGACGCUUAUCCUGCACCACGACUGGUUCUUCAGUAAUGGAGAGUUUGAUAAGGAAGAGAAGGCACCAGAGGAUAAGCGGGACAUGCAGCCCGUGCCCAACAUCGACCAUCUGCUAUCUAACAUAGGCAGGCCAGGCAUGCCAGGUGAGGCAUCAGAUUCCACCACCAGCGAUUCACUUAAGUCAAAGCUGUCUUUAGGCUCCAAGAAAGACCUGAAUGCCCGGGACUUCCUGCCCAUGUCCAUUAUCUCUGCUGUGACCCGCAAACGUAAAAAAGGCCUCGGUGCCCACCUGCAGGGCAGCAGCGGAGACGAGGACUCGGAACAUGAGCCAGUCAAAGCCAGCAACUGCAGGGGAGAAGAGGGGCAUGAAGACGAGGAGGAAGAGGAUAAAGGAGAGGAAGAGGCCAUCAAGGAGGAGCACACGAUUCCUAAAAAAGAAAAAAGGGAUAAAAAGGAAAAUCAACUGAAGGCUAGAGAGACCACAGAGGGAAUAGGGUCAAUAAUGGGAGGAAGGGAGGCUGAGAAGGAUGUGGGGAAUAGAACAGACAGUGGAGCAAAGAAAUUUGAAAGGGAGAGCAGUCAGAGAACGUCCUUGCAGGGAAAUGCGCCUAAACUUCAUCCAAACAGUUUCCUCUACUCAAACCAUACUACAUACCCUGGACCCCUAACUGUGACUAAUCCUCCUUCCCAUUUGAAGCCUCAAAAUCUGGCCAGAGGACGUCCCACAGUCCCUUUCUGGAUCUGCCCGGCCAGGCCUCCCAGCCUCCACCAGGCUUCCAGCUUUCACGGAACCCGGCAGCCAGACUUGAACCAGUCAUUGCCAGUCCGCCACAGGAAGACCAGAGGCGGGAGGACGAGGGCCGUGUCCAUGAAUCUGGACCUUGAGCUGGGCAGGAGUGAGGACACAUUCAGGGGUUGGGGAGCAGAGAGGGUGGAGGUGAUCCGAGUCCUUGAGGGAACGCCUGGUCAGCGUGGAUGUGUUGGGGUUCCUCAGGGAUCAGCUGUUGGUCCGAGGGCAAUUCAACAAAGAGAUCCUCUCCCUCUCUCCUCCUCUUCUGCAGGAUGGAUAGAUCAGAGCCCCUCAGGAUCUUCCACUGUGGUACUGAGGAGAUCAGCCCUCGGCCCGCCGGACAAGACAAAAGCUUUGCGUCGACACACGGUUGUAGUUUAACCUGUUUCUGUUUCACCUACUAAUGCAGUACGACGUACUUGCCCUUUACUCACGAACAGUGGAUCACUUACUCCAGUGCUUCUGAAGUGUCCGUCAUGUCGCUGUAGAGAUCUGAAGUUGGAGAGGUGAUCUCAUGGUAAAGGAAUUCUUUGAAAUUGUGCACAGUUGUAGAGUUUCAUUCCAAAAUGAGAAAACCGCCAUUUUUUAUAAAGGGGGAAACCAGCUCUAAAAACACAUCACAAAUUCUACUAUUCAACUGCUCUUUUAACAAUGCGUCUUUACUAAUUUACUUAUAAAAUAACUGUUAAUGUAAGUGCCCUCAUAUACUGUGCAAAUGUUGCACAGGAUAAUUGGUUUCAUUCAAUAACGUUCCAUACUAGCAGUUUAUAGUGCAGUUUUUUAAAUGCUGAAAUCCAACAUGCAGACCUCCAUAUCAAACAAUGAAGUACAGAGCCGUGUUCAAAAGGUGGAGCAUUGAACAUGACAACUAAAUGUGAAGAACUUUGGUGACGGUUCGUUAGCAGAACGGUAUGUAGGAUUUGGCCAGGAUAGUUUCAAAAAUAAAAAAAAGGAACAGACAUUAUCAUCAAUGUACUUAAGUUAGCAUGCUAACUAGUUAGCCCCAGCCCAUUCUGUCGCAUAAUACCACUUUGUACUCCGAAAGUAAAUGGUCUGAUGGAGUUCAGUCCUAUCUUAAGUAAACAAAAUAAGCUCGCAAAAUGUCAUGAAACAAGAUAUUUUUAUUCCUAUUUUCGUCAUUCAGAAGAAAAAUACAAGCAUCCAUCAUCUGAAUUCAAGUUCAAAGGAGAUAUAUUUAAAUCCUGGCCAUUUCUUACAAAUUACUCCUCUGACCAUAUUUGGAUAUUUCCUCCCAACUACUGCUGCAGUAAUAUCCUCAGGUCGACCAGGUCAGGUCAGACGCUCUGGGAUAACCACUCGAACAUUAAAGCUGGUAGAAGAUCAGAAAAAGGGAUUGUUGCCUUCAUGUUUGGGUCUUCAGAAGUUAUAAGAUAACAAGAAAACCUUGAACCUCAAUGAACAAGAUUUAAAGUGGCCAUGUGAUUAUAGCAGCUUUCUGAUUCACCUGAUUAAAGUUUGGAUUGUCAAUAAUUCUAAAGCUUUUACCGUGUGUUGUUAAUACGACCACUCGGUGGUGCCAAAGUAAGACGCUUUAAGAUCCCACAUGUUUUGGAAUGAAACCCUUCAACUGUGAGUUUAGAUUGAUGAGUGAUGAUAACAAAUACGUAAAAGAAAAAAACAACAACAACAUUUAAGUAAAAAAUGAGAGAAAGCCAUAUCAGACAUUUGAAACUCAGCUCCAGAGCCCAGCUGCUGCUGUCAGAACUAACCCUCACCAGCAAAGACUUCAGCAGUCAUGGAGGCAUUUGAUUACAAACCGCCUGUGCUGUACGUAUGCUGGUGUCCCCCCCCCCACUGGUUCUCACCGAUGAUGUCUUUGACCCACGUGGGCAAAUAUAACUUAUGCACACUUUCCUGUCAGCCAGAGUACAGCACAGUACGCUUGUUCAGAGAAAGCCGCACUUCAGUUUUCUUCUCAGCCCUUUACAACUUCUUCCAAAGCCUCCCGUGGAUCUACAGGGAACUUCAAUGAUCCAUGGGAGCAAAACAUCCCAGUCUGGAUGAUGUCACUUGGGCAUUAUGCCAAAGCUUCCAUGGACUAAAAAAGUGCAUGCAUGGGGUCAGUGACAUAUUAAAAUAUGCAAACCCUAAGUGUUCAACUCAAGCCUAUCGUGCUUCCCUGUGUAUGCAUGUGUGUAUGCGUGUGUGUGUGUGUGUGUGUGUGUGUGUGUGUGAGAGAGAGAGAGUGUGAGUGUGUGAGGAUGUUUGGGAAAGGAGGGCCACAGUUUUUAAAGGAACAGGUUUGUCAGAAAAAGCAAAGUGUUAAAGGCAGCUAUGUGAAGUCAUGCCAAAUUUUUUUUUUUCUUUUUUUUUUUCUAUUUGGGUAAUUGUACAAUAUCAGCAGUGUGGAGCUAAGGGAGAACCUAAGAAAACACGAUCACUUAGUGAACCAGUGAGGCUUCAGUUUCUACUUCAUAUCAGUGUUACUAAGAGUAUUGUCAUACAGUUGAAAGUGAGUGAAUAACCUCCCUAAAUUAAAAACCAAGUCUUACCUGCGUGAUAUUUUUGCAUUUUUCCUUUUCACAUUUUCAGUAUUUUUCGCUCCCUUCUCUGAACUUUAGUUUUGUUAAGAUGAGUCUGGAAAAACAAACAAAACAAAAUGGAACUGACCCCGACUGUACUGCCAACCACUGUCGUCCAACCAGACUCAAUGUUUGUCUUAAUCAUGCCUAGACUCAGUCUGUCCUUCUCUCUGUCUGUGCCCUUGUGCAUGUACUUUAUGUACGUGGGUGACUGUGCGUGGACCAAUUUUGUAACAGUUGUAUAAAGCCUUGUUAAGUUAACCUGUGUAUAUAAAUAUUAUACAUAAUAUAUUAAAUUAUUUGUUU